AUGUUGGGUGAUUUUCUGGCUCGAUCCCUUUUGCUGCUGUUUGGGUAUGCAUAUCCAGCGUUUCAGUGCUACAAAGCGGUGGUGAUGGCGCCAAUUCAAGUCGAGCAGCUUCGAUAUUGGUGUAAAUUUUGGAUCGUUGUGGCUAUUCUAACCGUUGUUGAGAGGAUUGCUGAUGCUUUUGUGGGAUGGUUCCCCAUGUAUGGAGAAUUGAAGCUGGCUCUGUUUAUCUACUUGUGGUAUCCAAAGACUAUGGGAUCUGGGUAUGUGUUCGACACGUUGUUGAGGCCUUUGGUUGAUAAAAAUGACAAGGAUAUUGAAAAGAUGCUGUUGGAUUUGAGAAUAAAGGCUUGGGAUUUGGCCAUUUUCUACUGGAACAAUUGCACCGAGUUGAGCCAAUCUGCAUUGCUCCGAGUUGUUAACUACAUGGCUUCUCGCCGUAAUCCCUUAGCUGCUACGCCUUCUUCCAAGAAGCUGAAGUGA